CUCUUCUCCCCUCCACUCACAGAUGUUUGGAGCACAGCUGCAGAUACUCAUAUUGUUGGACUAUUACCGAUGCUAACUAUCCAGUACAUCUCACUUGUCAUCACAACUCCUGAAACAGAGACAGUGAAUUUUACUGUUAGUUCUCUUAAGGAGGUUAUAGCUCAUGGUUCAGUUACUCCUGGUACACCAAUGACUAUCGAUGAGAGUACAUUAUUGGCUUAUAAUGUUAGUAGUGAGUUGGAUCGGUAUAAAGGUAUACUGGUAACAACUGGAACAGAGAAGAAAAUAUCUGUAACUGUAGCAAUGAGUCAUUUAGGAGAUUAUUCUACUGGAGUAUAUGUUAACUAUCCAAUCUCAGUAUAUUCUGUGAAUGCAUGUAGUUAUGUGUAUUAUGCUAUGUCCAUUGGUACAGAUGAAUCAACCUCAUUCUCAACUCUUCUAAUAGUCUCUAGUAAUAAUAAUACCAAUAUAACAAUCACACCAACAGUGACUGUUACUAUACCACCCAAUCUCACUCAAUCAGGCCGUCAGAUAGUUCUUAAUGCUGGACAAUCAAUAACAAUACAAUUACAAUACCUGGAGACACUUUUACUCAAACCAGUUGCAGCAUUAGCUGAUCUAACAGGAACAAAAGUUGAGUCCCAUAAACCAUUAUCUGUCUAUUCUGGUCAUACGUGUGGUUUUAUUCCUGUCGGUCAAUUUGCUUGUGAUUUUGUUGGUGAGCAAAUUCCACCAGUUGUCUCAUGGGGUAAUGAGUUCCUGGUCCAGUCAUUUUAUAAUCGUCAAUCUGGUUACAUAUUGAAGUUAAUUGGAUCACAGAAUAGUACAACUGUUAAUAUAUUAUGUGAUAAUGGUAACAGUUAUUCACUAUCCCUUCAGGAAGGUGGUGUACUUAGUCAAACUAUAUCUCAAACUAGUUGUUACAUUAAUUCAACUAGUCCAAUACUUGUAGCUCAGUUCUCACUGGCUCAAUUUGCUGAUGCUUCAUUCACUUCAUAUGGUGAUCCUGCUAUGACAAUUAUUCCUCCAUUACAUCAAUAUGCCACUUCUGGGACUAGUUUUCCUAUCAUUACUCUAUUGGGUGCUUUUGUUUCUGUGAACCUUAUUGUGCUUGCUGCAGAUGAGUCAUCAAAAAUACAACUGAAUGGUACAGUUCUUCCAUCCCUCACAUCAAGCUCAUGGAAGCAUUACAAUACUUCUGUUGGUGGUUCUUAUGUAUUUAACAGUUAUAGUUUAAGUGCAGGAAGUGGUGAGAUUAGAGUUUGGUCUAACAACAGUAAUGACAAAAUAUUAGCAAUGGUGUACGGUUUGCAACAAUUUGUUGGCUAUUCUUAUUCUGGAACAUUAGACAUGAAACCUUUUGAAGUGUGUUGUCUACACUGUGAGGCAGGUUAUGCAAUUGAUACUGCAACCUGCACUUGCUCUCUAUCAAAUAUCUGUCUACUAAGUCCCUGUCAGAAUGGAGGUAGUUGUACACUUGUUUCAGCUCCUUCUAAUUAUACAUGCGAUUGUGCUACUGGCUAUGAAGGAGAUACUUGCGCUGACUGUAAACAAGGAUAUUCUUGCUUGGCACCAAACAUUUCUGCUCCUAUAUCAUAUGUGGCUACAUUGAGUGGUUCAAAUGUGUCAUUGAGAUGUGUACUACAUGAAGCUGGGAGCUCAGUAGCUACAAUCCAAUGGUCAUUCAAUGGAUCAAUCAUCACUAAUAGUUCACUGUUUCUCAUAACCGAGGGAUCAACAAAACUGAAUAUUACUAACAUAACUACCUCAUUAUCUGGUUCAUAUCAUUGUAAUGCAGCUAAUAUUUUUGGAACUUCAGUGGUUGCAAUCAGUGUUAAUGUACAAAAGCCUCCAUACUUCAUUACUACCCCACCAAACAGUGUAUUAGUAGCAUACAGCAAAUCUAUUACACUAAAGUGCUCAUUUGGUGGUGUUCCUUUACCAAAUAUCACUUGGUUUAAGGAUGGUAUGGUUAUACCUUCUGAUCAGUAUACCAGUAGCAGCCAGUCAGAUACUGUUACUACUAUCCUCACUGUACCUGUAUCCUUCACUUCACAAAGAAAUUAUACUUGUCAAGCUGUCAAUUACCUAGUUGAGAGGAGAGUCAUAAGCACUACAGUGAAUGUUACAAUUGUAAAUACUCCACCAGUCAUUGAGGCUAGUGAUACUUUUAUGAUAACAGUAGGAGAGACAGCAUUAUACACACUACAUAUCACAGACCCUGGAGACACUAUCAGUGUUACUAUUGAAUUUGAUGGAGAGUUUCCAUACACACUUGAUCAAAAUGGAUCAAUAUGGACACUUAAUGUAACACUGUCUUCUUUAGUGGAGUUCAAUUUUACUGUGAUAGCUACUGACUCAUUCAAUGCAACAACAGCUAAAACACCACAAGUGAUAAUUUGUGGUUGUCCACUUGAAAGAAGUAAUUGUACUCAAAAAGGUAUUAGUCACGUCAGUAAUCCAUUGACUCUAAAGUGUGACUGCAUGGAAGCAUAUGAAGGAGAAUAUUGUGAGGAUGAUUUUGAUGGUUGUACUGAAGUAUCAUGUUUCAAUAAUGCUACAUGUACUGAUGUACCAGCUCCUGGAACUGGUGUCAUUUGCCCACCUUGUCCUAGUGGAUACACUGGAGAUGGAAUUAUUUGUUAUAUUCCUCAAGUUAUUCUUCCAUAUGUUGUAUUUAACAACAGUAUAUCGAAAGUUACUAAUAUAAGUUCUACUCAAAAAGUCAAUGCUCCAAGACCUAUUAAUUUACUAGGCUCUGUUUAUUCAUCAGUUUAUAUUUCCAUUAGUGGCACAUUUUCCAUGAGUGGUCGUUUUACGUAUUUUUAUUCAAGAUUAUUUCCAAGUAGUAUACGUGGUAUAAGAGAUUCGGUUGUGUUUGCUCCUAUGUGGAACUUUUAUGACAUCAGGAGAGAAGGAAGUGUUUCAUAUCAGACCUUCAGUUCAAACAACCCAUUAGCUAAUGAUGUAUUCAAUGAUGUUAACAGUUUCAUUAAAACAAGUAAAAAUAUCACAUCAUACAAAGGAAUAUGGAUGCUAGUUAUGGAGUGGAGAGAAAUGCAUCCUUACCAUUUUGGAUACUUAUACAAUGGCCAAAAUUCAGUUCGUGAUAGACAGAACACAUUUCAAGCUAUUCUUACAACAGAUGGUUCUGAUACUCAUAUCAUAUACACAUACAAGUGUGGUGAUAUAAUGUGGGACAAUUACUACUCAAGGUCUGUUGUUGGGUAUAAUAUUGCUGGAGGACGCUAUGAGAAUCAUCGUGGAUCAGGAAUACCUGGAGAACUAUUGAAAUUAGGUUGCUAUGAUGAUAUGAAUCAACCAGCAAACUACACUAAUAUUGUAUACUCAUUCCAAUCUGAUGAGAAAGAUCCCAAUGUGGCCAUUUGUCUAGAGAGAUAUAGAAAUGAUUUAGAACUUCCAGAAAUUUCAUCAUCUUUUGCAAUUCCUUGUCCUUGCUCAGCAUGGCAAGUGAGGUUUGACAGAAGUUUCCGUUUCACUUACUAUUAUUACUCUGACACUCAAUAUGCUGAAUGCUAUUCUAACAUGUUUCCUCAAUCCUAUCAAAGCAUGUGUUGCUACAGGUAUGCAUAA